GGCGCAACUCUAUGGAAAAUUGAUUCAGAAGCCGGCUCGUUGUCGGCAGUGGCUAGUUUUAGAUCAUCGGAAGAUGCCACGAAAAAGUGCUCAUCGUUCGAGUUCAACCCGAAUGGUCAGAAAGCAGCCAUAGUUACCGAACGAACAGUGAAUUUUGUGGAUGUUGAGAAAUCACUGCAGGUAACUGAAACCUUCCCAAUAGACGCUAAAGGAAACCUGAACGCAAUCGGAUGGAAUCCUCAUUCUGCUGGUACAACACUGGCGGUUUCUUAUGAUGGAGGCGUAAGAGCCAUCGAUACGCGAUCACUGGAUGAUCAGUUUCACAUUGUGAAUGCGAAUCCUCCGACGUGUCGAAGUUUGGAUUUCAAUCCAAAUAUGCAAUAUAUGCUGGCCACAUGUGGUGAUGACUGUAGAGUGGCGCUAUGGGAUACGCGAAGCGUUAAGGAACCAGUGAAAACACUCAAUGAUCACUCACAUUGGGUAUGGUGUGUACGAUUCAAUCCGAUUCACGAUCAGCUGAUUCUGUCUGGUGGAAGCGAUGCUCGACUGUUCUUGAACAGUGUCGCGUCGCUCAGUUCAGAUGCUUUGCAAUCUGCNGAAGCCGAUAUCAGCAUUGAGGAUGCCAUCAAUAGUGAACCGAUGACCAAAAAAUUAAGUGAUGAACGAUUGGAGAAAGUCGAAGAACACGAGGAUUCGGUUUACGCAUGUGCCUGGGCUGCCAACGACCCAUGGAUUUUUGCAUCACUAUCGUUUGAUGGACGUGUGAUUAUAUCACGAGUGAAACGACAUCAUAAAUAUGCCAUACUUCGUUUAUAG